AUGACAAGAAGUCCAACCGAAAUUGUCAAAAACGAAAAAGUGUAUGCUACAAUAGGUAAUUCAGAAAACUCUUCGAAUCAAUAUAGAGAUUUUGAGCAGAUUCAUGUUGCUAUAUUAACUAAAUUAGCAGAAGAACGCCCGCAAUUUCCUGCACAUGUUCCUAAACUAAUUCACGUAUUACCACCAGUUGAUGCUCAUAUACAAGGUCAAUGGCAAGAACGGUUACAACUGGCAAAGAAAUGCUACAAUCAUGAGAAUAUAGCUCUUAUUCCUUAUUAUGCUCAAAAUUCACACUGGCUUGGAAUGAUAUUAAGAUUUAACAUUAGCGGGCAAUUAGAACAGGCUGAAUUUAUUGAUCCAGUAGCGAAUUCGAAUUUCAAUCCGAUGAAGUUGCAGAUGGAAUUUUCUAAACUUUUUUCAGGUGUUGUUUUAAAGUCAAUGACUCUUUAA